CCACCACGUACAAAAGUUGCAGUAAUCGGGUAUAAAAAUACAUAACUGUUGUUAACCUGCGAAUACUAUACAAAAAAGCUCAACGAUGGCUUACAUCCAAAUAUUGGCGAUCGUGCUGUGCUCUUGCUUCGUACAGGACGCGUUUUCUGUGGCCAAAGUCGUUCGGAAACCGGUAGCAGCGGCUACUACCAAUGACGUGGCGGCCCCACAAUUUCCGGACGCUAAUGACCAAGCAGCCACGAUGCGGCCGGUGAGACGGAUGACGACGAUAAAGCGGACCGUGUCCCGAAAACCGACCGCGGUUCAAGCGCCACCUCCGCCGCCGCCACCCAAGUACCCGUACCUGACCGCCGUGAAGGACAUGUUCUGGAACACGUGGGAGGACAUCAACCGGAACGACGUGGGCAAGCUGAGCACCAGGGCGCUGAGGAACAUGUUGGGCAGCGUGCUCGUCGACGAUCUGUUCUGGUCGUCGGCGUCGUCGGCGGUCAGAAGGCGCGCUAAGGUGACCAACGACAGUCAACGGGCUGACCACAAGAUCCGUAUGUGCAACGCGCUCACUUCCACCCUCACCAGCCCGAACGCCAUGCAGGGCUUCAAGGAAGUGGUCAACGAGGUCUACGGCACGGUGUCCCGCAUCCGGUCAGACGUUGGCACGGACGCCCUACGGCUAGCAAUCGAGAUAGUCAACGGCGGCGAGGUGACCAAUGGCCUGAACAUGCUUACCAACAUCGUGACCAACAUAAGGCUCAACCCUGAGAUGUUGAACAAGGGAUUCAACAUGUUCCAAAGGACGCUAAACCUGGGCGGUAUGUUAAACAUGAGCGGUGGUAUGGCCAAGGGCCUCAUGUCGAUCACGUCCAAGUUCAACAAGUAGCGCGCGCGCGUGUUGCACACACAACAGCCGUGUUAUAGUGCCCGCCUACAAGAUUAUAAAAUAAAUAAUAAUACACAGUCAUCAUCGCGUUAAUUCUGUGCAAUAAUAAUAAUUAUAUCGUUUGCGCACAUACGUAAUAUAGUAGGUAUAUCUCUUACAGGUAGUAUUAUAUAUAUUUGAGCGUAAGCGACAAAGCAUAUUAUAAUAUUAUACAUAGGUACUUCUUAUUAAAAUAUUUACCGACGAUUUACUUUCGAGCAGCGGCGGCCAUCGUCAUGUAAUAGGUAUAUUACGUACAACGUUAUGUGUUAAAUGUUAUGUUAACGUGUUAUAAUAUAUUGUUCAAGCAACUGCUACCGCAAGUCAUUACACGCAACCAUAAUAUAAAUAAAAUACCUGUAUAAGAUUAUUAUUGAAUGUAUAAAUAUAAUAUAUUAUUAAUAUUACAUAAA